AUGGCGACGUCUUCAGAAGGACCAAAUCAGCUGUUCAUCGGCACAGUACCUGUGACUUUGCUUCAGCCCAGCAGAAGUGGACCCGAAUACUUAUCGUCCUUGGUUGAUGUUGUUUUGAAACUCGUGGAGAGGAGAUAUGACAGUACUGAAAAAGAAUAUCGACUAGAGAUAAGCCGGCCAGAUGAGUUCGAAUUCCUCUAUGCAGAGAGUAUAACUCGAUCAAAAUAUCAGAUUCUUGCAAAAUCCUGGAACCUCAAUGCGGACUUCGACGACUUUCCAGUAAAAAUAGUCCGACUUUUACGUGAACGAAAAAAUGCUAACUCGCCUGUGCAAGUGACUUGUACGUUGAGUCAAGAUUCAUCGCUUUGCACGUGA